UGGCUGAACUCUCCUUCCGGGUUGCGGGCGGAAGUGGACGAAUUUGAAUUGUGCGGGCCGUUGGAUGGGGUGUUCUCGGAUGGCCUGUGGCGCAGCGCGAGAAGAGAAAGGUGACACGGCCGCUCUGGAACUUCUGCCCAGCGCGCCUCGGCUUUUUGGUGGAAGUUACUAAGCACAACUACAAUAGAAGGAAAUCAGACUCCAUCUUUUGAAGGGAGGAGUGUCAACUGUGGGUACCACUGACUGAGCCAGCUGAGUAAAAUGAAUGAAAAUAAACCUGGGGGCUCACAGAACCUCGCUUGUGUUUUCUGUCGAAAAAAUGAUGACUGUCCUGUUAAAUAUGGAGAAAAGAAAACUAAUGAGAAAUGGAAUCUCACCGUGCAUUACUAUUGUUUGUUAAUGUCAAGUGGAAUUUGGCAGAGAGGUAAAGAAGAGGAAGGAGUUUAUGGUUUUCUAAUAGAAGACAUCAAGAAAGAAGUAACUAGAGCUUCUAAAUUGAAAUGUUGUAUUUGCAAGAAAACUGGUGCUUCAAUUGGAUGUGUUGCACCCCGAUGUAAACGAAGUUAUCAUUUCCCAUGUGGACUUCAGAGAGAAUGUAUUUUCCAGUUCACUGGCAAUUUUGCGUCAUUUUGUUGGAACCAUCGACCUGUUCAAAUGAUUACAUCUAAUAAUUAUGGAGACUCCUUACCAUGUACCAUUUGCUUAGAGUUUAUUGAUCCUAUUCCAACUUAUAGCAUAUUACGAAGUCCUUGUUGUAAGAAUGCUUGGUUUCAUAGAGACUGUUUACAGGUUCAAGCAAUAAAUGCAGGAGUGUAUUUCUUUAGGUGCACAAUAUGCAAUAAUAGUGAUAUAUUUCAGAAAGAGAUGUUGAGAAUGGGAAUUCAUAUUCCUGAAAAAGAUGCAUCUUGGGAAUUAGAGGAAAAUGCUUUUCAAGAGCUUCUGCAGCACUAUGAGCAUUGUGAUGUCCGAAGAUGUCGUUGCAAAGAAGGGAGAGACUAUAAUGUGCCUGAUAGCAAAUGGGAAAUAAAGCGCUGUCAGUGUUGUGGUUCUAGCGGUACACAUUUAGCCUGUUCUUCGCUACAGUCAUGGGAACAAAAUUGGGAGUGUUUGGAAUGUAGAGGUAUUCUCUACAAUUCAGGCGAUUUCCAAAAAGCCAAAAAACAUGCAUUACCCAACACUAAUGUGGGAAUAACUGAUUGUUUGUUGGAAGAGUCCUCACCGAAAUUAUCCAGACAGUCACCUGGAGCACAGCGUAAAGAUUUGCUGAGGCAAGGCAGCAAAUUUAGACGAGAUAUUUCGACUCUAAUAAUAGAGCUAGGAUUUCAAAUUAAAAAAAAACCUAAAAGAUUAUUUAUCAACAAAGCCAAUAUAUGGAAUAGUGCCUUAGACGGAUUCAGAAAUCAAAGCUUUAAUCCUUCAUACACAAUUGAAGUAGUAUAUAUUAAUGAAAAUGAUCGUUUUGGAAGAGAACAGCCUGGAUCAAAGCAAGAAUUCCUAAGUCUCUUAAUGCAGCAACUUGAGAACUCACCAUUGUUUGAAGGGUCCUUGUCAAAGAACUUGUCUCUAAAUUCUCAAGCUCUGAAAGAGAAUCUUUACUAUGAAGCUGGCAAAAUGCUUGCCAUUUCUUUGGUUCAUGGUGGUCCUUCCCCUGGUUUCUUUUCUAAAACCUUGUUUAACUGUCUUGUUUAUGGACCAGAAAAUACUCAGCCAAUUUUAGAUGAUGUUUCAGACUUUGAUGUGGCACAGAUUAUAAUCAGGAUAAAUACUGCAACAAGUGUAGCUGACUUAAAUUCUUUAAUAAAUGAUUGUUAUAACUACCUAGAACUUAUUGGUUGUCUAAGACUUAUAACAUCAAUAAGUGAUAAAUAUAUGUUGGCAAAGGACAUACUUGUUUAUCAUGUAAUUAAGAGAGUCCAAGCACCUUUUGAAAGUUUUAAACAGGGUCUGAAGACUCUUGGUGUUUUGGAGAAAAUUCAGACUUAUCCAGAAGCAUUUUGUAACAUCUUCUGUCAUAAACCUGAGAGUCUUUCUGCAAAAAUUCUUAGUGAUCUAUUUACAGUACAUACAUUAUCUGAUGUACAGGCUUUGGGGUUUUGGAACAGUUACUUACAGGCUAUUGAGGAUGGUAAGUCUACAGUAACAAUGGAAGAUAUUCUUAUUUUUGCAACUGGUUGCAAUUCCAUUCCACCUGCUGGAUUUAAACCUACUCCUUCAAUUGAGUGCCUUCAUAUGGAUUUUCCUGUCGGAAACAAGUGUAAUAACUGUUUAGCUCUUCCAAUCACCAGUACAUACAAAGAAUUUCAAGAAAAUAUGGACUUUGCCAUAAAAAACACUCUAAGAUUAGAAAAGGAAGAAAAUUCUCACUUCAGUGGACAUUAAAUGUUUUGAACAAAGAUGCUUCUUUAAAAGCUGCUAUUGACACUUUGUUUCAGUGAUCUGUCCAUCAUCACUUUUAAACCAGCUUGGCCCAAUAAAAAUUACCAUACGAAUAUAAAGGAAUGUUUUGGCCGCUUAAACUAAAAAAAUUUUUUGUUAAGAUGUACCAGUCAAAGUUAAUAUUUUUCUAUUUUCUUAGUAUACAUGCUUCAUAAUCCUCAAUAUAAAUACUUUUAAAAUGGCUGUACAGAUUUUCUCCAAGUAGCGUGGUAUAUAUAAGAAAAAAACCUGACUCACUGUUUUUGUAAAUUAGGAUGAUAACUUGUGGCUAUAGGAUGCCACAAUGACUUUUCUAAUUUUAUGCAAUUUUCAAAUUGCUACUUAUUUUAUUUUAAAGCAUUAAAUAAGGAAAGCUAAAUGAUAAAUCUUGUUAUGUUAAUCAAAGGCAUAUAUUUUGGGGUAUAUGUUAUAUGUAUCCUUUUCUGGGAUGGCACUAAAUUAGUUGUUAAACAUGUUUUUAGAUUACUGAGUUAUAUUAAAAUAGAUCCACACUGCAAUUGAUUAUACCUAAUGGGAAGUAUUAUAUAAAAAGCAGAAUUGCACAAAUAUUCUACAAUCUAUGGACCUUCCUUAGUUUUGAAACACUUGUGAGGUAGAUUAGAAUAUAGUUGAAAAUUCCUAAGUAAGUGUCUUUAAAGCCUUGGCUUUAAAAUCAUGGCAUUUUGUUGUUGUUUCUUUAUCCCAUUAUGUCUGAUCCACAAUCACUUAGGUAUUUGAAUAGAAUGAUCUCUGGAUUGCCAUUUGGUAGGCUUUGCUAUUUGACAGUUAUUUAUUAUCAAGAUGGUUGUAUGAUAGGUAAGCUGGCACCAUUGCAUUAUAGUUAUCUUUGCUUUUGAAAUCUAGUUGUUAUAUAAACAAUGUAGAAAUAUGUAAGAAGUGGAAUGAAAAAACCCAUUGUAAUCUCACCAUGCAGAAUUAACUAUUGUGUCCCUGUGUAGCGGUCCAUAAACACUUUGUUUCCUUUCUUUUUUAACCUUACUAAUGCUACUAAAAGUCAAAGAACAUCUAGAAGUAACAAGAAAUUAUGUAAUAACAAUUUGAAGAUACAUAAUGCCAUACUUAUUUCUCCAUAUUUGUACUCUUGCAAAAGAAGAGAUUGGAAAAGUCUAAUAUCCCUAAUCUGUUAUGUUAUAAAUGGGUUUUUCACCAAAAUAAAUAAGAGGUAAAUUGCUUGGUUUUAAACACAUUUUUCUUGCUGUAUAAGGUGCAGGUAUCAGCCAUCAUAUUCUAAUCCUCAAGAAACAUCCACAAAUUACUGAUUUUUUUUUUUUUUUUUUGCCACAUCCUAGUAUGUGGAAGUUCUGCAAGCCAGUGAUCAAACUCAUGCCACAGCAGUGGCAAUACUGUAUUCUUAACCCCUUGAGCCACCAGAGAACUCCCAAAUUACUGGUAUUUUUUUAAGGCAAAUGACAGGAUUGGUUUAUUACUGGUAAUAUUUCUCUUAAUACCAAAGGGAAGCUAAAACAAUCCUGUUAUAAUUUUGUUACAUUUAUUAACAGACGCAGCAAUUAAAGUAACACUUUAAGUUGAAGGUUUUAAAACAUUAAAGAUUUCUUUGUCUCGUGUUGAAUUCUGUUACAUUAUCAAAAGUAAUUAAAGCAUCAGUUAUCAAAAAAGAGGUUUAAUAUAUAAUAUAAACCUCAGCCUCACUGUAUAGCUUUUAUUCCAAAUGUGUUGAUAAAUUGGACAUUUUAUUUCUUAACCUACCUAGUUUUUCUAAAGUUUAAAAAGCCCUUAAACCAGUACAAACCAGAAAACCUAAUUAAAGCUAUAUUCUGGUUAUUUGUACUUUGAAUUAAUUUUUCCUGCAGUAGCAUUAAAGCUGUUAAAUACUUACAUGCUUUUUGAGUGGGGAGGGCUGUUAGGGAUCCAUUGUGCUUGGGUUAGCUACAAUUAACAGUAUUUCAUUUCCUCUUCUAUGUGUAAAUAGAGACUUAGGGAUAGGUGGUAUAAGUAAUAAUUUAGGAUAUUCAUAUGUUAAAAUGAAGUAUAAAUAUUCAUAUUAUAAAAUAUUUUCUGGUUUUAAGGAUGUUCCAGAAGGGUGAUUUUUAGAUUAAUUUUUAUAGUCAAGAUAUAUCAGAAACCUGUAGGUUAAUUUAUUUUCUGCUGCAUUGCUGUGUCAAAUGGUUGGUAUUACAAUUGUUCUUUUUCUAUUCAUUGUUAUAGCCAAUGCACGGUUCUUACUGACAUUGAUUUUAAAAAAGGAAUUAUAAAGUUUUAAAA